ACGUUAUUUGUUAUCGCAUUUAAUUUUUAAUUUUAAGAAAUAAUAAUGAUUUUAACCCUGAAUCCAGUUAAGUACACAAAUAAAUAUGAAAAGAUAACCAAUGAACAUUAUUAAUAUAUACCUUCUUGUCGUAUUACAAGCAUAUAACUCAUUAAUUUUUAAACAUUGUAGCUGUUUCAAAUAUGAAAAGAUUAGAAAUACAUUUGUAAUUAAUAACUUCACCUCAAAUAAACUUAUAUCGCAGAUUCCUGACGUGGAAUCACUAUGGUCAAGUUCUCACAAUAUCGCACCAGUGUACUUAAAUUUUGAUAACUUUAGCGAUAAUGCAAUUAAAGUAUUAAUGCUUUCACUGGAAGAAGCCAAACUGUCAAACCAACCGAGCGUGGAAUCUGCACACAUUUUCCAAGGGCUCGUAUGUUUGAACCAAGGAUUGGCCUUUAAAAUUAUUAAAGAAUUUGGAAUAACAGCGGAAGUAGUAAGGGAUGCAACUAAAUCAACAUAUCCAAUUGACGAGAAGAAGAAGUUCAAAAGCCUGCCUACAUUUUCCAACUCAGCAAAGAAUGCCCUGGACUAUUCAUCAACUGAGGCUGAAAGGUUAGGGAACUCCACAAUAGAAACAGAGCAUCUGUUACUAGGAGUUCUGAAUGAUACCAGCAAGGAGACUUCUACGUUCUACAAGAAUUUGAAACUCGAUGUAACAUUAGCAAUAGAUACAACAAUGAGAACAAUAGAGAAAAUAAAGGAAAUCAAAGAACUAAAUACCUUGUCCGAUAACAUCCAGGAUUCUUCACAAAAUUUUGUGUACCUAUCUCCAGCGAUGAACCGAGAUGAAUAUGCCCAGUCAUGCAUAUCAAUGUUCACAGUAGAUUUGACUGAAAAAGCACGUAACGGCCAACUACCCAAAGUCAUACACAGAGAUAAUGAAAUAGAAAGAGCCAUCAUAACUUUGUCGAGGAUGACCAAAAGUAACCCACUAUUAGUAGGAGAGCCUGGAGUAGGGAAAACAGCAAUAGUAGAGGGCAUUGCAAACCGAAUUUCUCAAGGGAUUUCUCAACCACAAAUAUCAAAAAAGAGAAUAUUACAGCUUCAAUUCGGACUACUGAUAGCAGGAACCAAGUUCAGAGGACAAUUUGAGGAGAGGUUAACAAAACUGAUUGAUGAAAUAAAAUCAGCGGGAGAUAUAAUUUUGGUUAUAGAUGAAGCACAUAUGCUAAUAGGAGGUGGUGCUGGUGACGGCUCAAUAGAUGCAGCAAACUUACUGAAACCUCCUCUAUCCAGAGGAGAAAUACAAUGUAUUGCGAUAACUACCCCGAAAGAGUAUAAAAAAUAUUUCGAAAAGGAUAUGGCACUGUCUAGAAGAUUUCACCCAAUUUACGUUGAUGAGCCGAGUGAUGAGGAUACACUUAAAAUUUUAAACGGAAUUAGUUCUUCGUAUGGAGAGUUUCACGGAGUGGAAUAUACGCAGGAUUCCAUAAAAUUAGCACUGAAAUACUCCAAGCAGUAUAUCAAUGACCGGUUCUUGCCAGAUAAGGCAAUAGAUAUCAUGGACGAAUCGGGAUCAUUUGCGAAAAUACAGUACCAAAAUGAAUUAAAGAGAGAGAAAAAUGAGAUUCCAGAUCCUAGUAAUUCUACUAGUCCUGAGGGUGAGAAUGAAACAAAGGUCGAGCAGAAAUCUGAAAAAAAGGACCAAAGUGUACUUGGACAAGUUAAGCCCGAACAUGUAGCAGAAGUCAUGAGUAUCUGGACCGGAAUCCCGCUAAAGAAGCUUACGAGAGGAGAGAUGGAUAUAAUCAGGAACAUGGAAGAAGAUUUGCAUAAAAUGGUAAUAGGACAAGAAGAAGCUGUUAAAAACGUGUGUAAGGCAAUAAGAAGAGCAAAAACUAAUAUUAAAAACCCAAACAGACCAAUUGGGAGCUUCCUGUUUUGUGGACCACCAGGAGUUGGGAAAUCGGAAGUAGCAAGGGCUCUCACAAAAUACCUUUUCGCAAAGGAAAACUUGAUUAGAAUAGAUAUGUCGGAGUAUACUGAACCUCACAGUAUAAGUAGAAUACUAGGAAGUCCACCAGGUUACAAAGGCCACGAUACAGGAGGACAACUUACAGAGAAGGUUAAAAGUAAUCCAUACUCGGUUGUAAUGUUUGACGAAAUUGAAAAGGCACACCACGAUGUUUUGAAUAUUCUACUACAGAUACUAGAGGAUGGGAAACUUACAGACUCGAAAAACCAGACAAUCUCAUUUAAAAACACUAUAAUUAUUAUGACCAGUAACACAGGAUCAAAUGUAAUCCAGAGAUCGUCGAAAGGCGUGCAUACAUUUGGAUUCACUGUGGAUUCGGAUGAAUCCUCAGAUUAUUUGAAGAUAAAAGCACUGGUUAUGGAGGAGCUUAAAUCGCAUUUCCUACCUGAACUCAUUAACAGAAUUGAUGAUGUAAUACUAUUCAAGCCGCUCCUGGAAAGUGAAUUAAAGGAAAUCGCAAAGUUGAUGCUGAAUGACUUGACAGCCCGGGCUCAUUCUGCAGGAAUCCUUAUAGAAAUUAGUGAAAAAUUCGCAGACUACAUACUCAAAUUACCCAGAGACGAUAAAUCAGGAGCAAGACCACUGAGGAGGUUAAUAACAUCAGUAUUGGAAGACAAGCUUGCGGAUCUGGUAAUUUCGGAAGAUUUUGAUAGUAACAAAACAUAUAUGGUAACGGUGGAUGAGGCGGGUUCAGUAGUAAUAAACCCAAAGGUUGAAAAUGAAACCGUAGUUGGGGAGGUCGUUUUAAAUAACAAAAUGGAACAUGAAAAGUCUGUAGAAGAAUAAUGAUUUCAAUUUUUUA